AGCGGAGCCGGGGCUGCCUUCGCCUCGGCAGCCAUGGCGUCCACUCUGGCCGACGUGAGCUGGAAAGUGCUGGAGCUGAGGGCGCGCUCCAGGCGUUCAGUUUAGCCUGAGACGUUUGUGACUAGCUACAGCCGCUUGAAAUGGCCAGUCUGGAUGCUGAGAGAACCGCCACUGCUCGUGCUUUUUCGUGGUUGGGUUCUGUGUAUGAACCCCUUAAAAGCAUUAAUCUUCCAAGACCAGAUGGAGAGAGCAUAUGGGAUAAGCUGGAUCAUUACUACCGCAUAGUCAAAUCGACCGUGCUGCUUUUCCAAAGCCCGACCACUGGCCUCUUUCCCACAAAGACCGUGGGCGACAACCAGAGGGCAAAAGUGCACGACAGUCUUUACUGUGCCGCGUGUGUGUGGGCGCUGGCACUGGCAUACAGGCGUAUUGAUGAUGACAAGGGAAGAACCCAUGAGCUGGAGCAUUCUGCUAUAAAAUGCAUGCGAGGAAUUCUCUACUGCUACAUGCGUCAGGCUGAUAAGGUUCAGCAGUAUAAGCAAGACCCUAAGCCAUCCAAAUGCCUGCAUUCUGUGUUCGGUGCCCACACAGGUGAUGAGGUCUUUUCUCAUGAGGAAUAUGGACAUCUUCAGAUAAGCGCCGUGUCGCUGUUCCUCCUUUACCUGGUUGAAAUGAUCUCUUCUGGUCUGCAGAUUAUCUACAACACGGAUGAGGUGUCCUUCAUACAAAACCUUGUAUUCUGCGUGGAAAGAGCAUAUCGUGUGCCAGACUUCGGUGUGUGGGAAAGAGGAAGCAAAUACAAUAAUGGCAGCACGGAAUUGCAUUCAAGUUCUGUUGGAUUAGCAAAAGCAGCCCUUGAAGCAAUUAAUGGAUUCAACCUCUUCGGCAAUCAGGGUUGCUCGUGGUCUGUCAUAUUUGUAGACCUUGAUGCCCACAACCGAAACAGACAAACUCUUUGUUCAUUGCUUCCUCGAGAAUCAAGGUCUCAUAACACAGAUGCUGCCCUCUUGCCCUGUAUUAGUUACCCUGCAUUCGCAGUAGAUGAUGAUACCCUGUACAGCCAAACGAUUGAUAAGAUUGUGAGAAAGCUAAAAGGCAAAUAUGGGUUCAAACGAUUUUUGAGAGAUGGCUAUAGAACAGCUCUGGAGGACAAAAAUCGGCAAUAUUACAAACCAGCAGAAAUUAAGCUCUUUGAUGGGAUCGAGUGUGAAUUUCCUCUCUUUUUCAUUUUCAUGAUGAUUGAUGGCGUUUUCAGAGGUAAUACUGCACAAGUCAAAGAAUAUCAGCAGCUUCUGGAACCACUGCUACAGCAGUCAACUGAAGGCUAUCCCAUUGUACCUAAGUAUUAUUAUGUGCCAGCUGACUUUGUUGAACUAGAGAAGAAAAAUCCUGGCAGUCAGAAACGAUUUCCUAGCAACCAUGGACGGGAUGGAAAGUUCUUUUUGUGGGGGCAGUCUCUUUAUAUCAUUGCGAAACUCCUUGUUGACGGUUUAGUGAGUGCUAAAGAUAUCGAUCCAGUGAAGCGUUUCAUACCUUCCCAAGAUCAACGGAAUGUUAGCAUGAGAUUCUCAAAUCAGGGUCCUCUAGAAAAUGACGUGGUGGUCCAUGUUGCAUUGAUCGCCGAAAGCCAACGCCUGCAGGUUUUCCUGAACACAUACGGAAUCCAAACCCAGACUCCUCAGCAAGUUGAACCCAUCCAGAUAUGGGCACAGCAUGAGCUUGUGAAAGCUUACUUCCAUCUGGGGGUCAACGACAAACUGGGACUCUCAGGAAGACCGGACCGACCAAUUGGCUGCCUCGGAACAUCAAAGAUAUAUCGAAUUCUGGGCAAAACUGUGGUUUGCUAUCCCAUCAUCUUUGACCUGAGUGAUUUCUAUAUGUCCCAGGAUGUUAUGAUGCUGAUUGAUGACAUUAAGAAUGCUUUGCAGUUCAUUAAGCAGUACUGGAAAAUGCACAGCCGCCCCUUGUUCCUCGUCCUUAUCCGGGAGGAUAACAUAAGAGGAAGCAGAUUCAAUCCCAUCCUUGACAUGCUGGCCACCUUUAAGAAAGGUGUUGUCGGAGGCGUGAAGGUUCAUGUAGACAGACUGCAGACAUUAAUUUCUGGAGCAAUGGUCGAACAACUGGAUUUCUUAAGAAUCAGUGGCACAGAAGAGCCUCCAGAAUUUAAGAGUUUUGAGGAGCUUGAUCUUCCAAAACAUUCAAAAGUCAAGAGACAGACCAGCACGCCAAAUGUGACAGAACUGGAACAACAACCGGAUAUUAAUGCUAAUGAUUGGAAAAACAAGCCAACCUAUGAGAUUCUCCAGAAACUGAAUGAUUGCAGCUGCCUAGCAAGCCAAGCAAUUCUGCUGAACAUUCUGCUCAAAAGAGAAGGCCCACAUUUCAUUACAAAGGAAGGUACUGUAUUUGAUCAUAUCGAAAGAAUCUAUCGAAAAGCUGGCAGCAGAAAACUCUGGUCUGUUGUGCGCUUCGCAGCAAGUCUUUUAUGUAAACUAGUGGACAGCCUUGCACCAUCUAUUACUAAUGUUUUAGUUCAGGGCAAACAGGUGACUCUCGGGGCAUUUGGCCAGGAAGAAGAAAUUAUAUCUAAUCCCUUGUCUCCAGGCGCAAUUAAGGACAUCAUCUACAACAAGUGUAAUUUACAGGAUGAGAGGGAAGCUGUUCUUCAGCAAGAACUUGUCAUUCAUAUUGGCUGGAUCAUCUCUAACACGCCUGAACUAUUUAAUGGCAUGCUGAAGAUACGAGUGGGAUGGAUUGUGCAUGCAAUGAAGUAUGAGCUGAAAAUCCGAGCAGGGGAGAUGCCCCCUGUGGAUUUAUACCAGCUGUCGCCCAGUGAGGUGAAACAGCUUCUCUUGGAUAUUCUUCAGCCUCAGCAGCAAGGGAGAUGCUGGUUAAACAGACGUCAGAUUGACGGCUCCUUGAACCGAACGCCCAGUGGCUUCUAUGACAGGGUGUGGCAAAUCUUGGAGAGGUCCCCCAAUGGCUUGAUAGUAGCCGAGAACUUUUUGCCGCAGCAACCAACAUUGUCGGACAUGACUAUGUAUGAAAUGAAUUUCUCCCUUCUGGUCGAGGACAUGUUGAAGAAUAUCGAUCAACCUGAAUACAGGCAAAUAAUUGUAGAGUUGUUGAUGGUUGUCUCUGUUAUUCUGGAAAGAAACCCUGAAUUGGAGUUCCAGGAUAAAGUGGACUUGGACAAACUAGUGAAAGAAUCAUUUCAGGAUUUCCAGAAGGACCAGGGCCGUCUCAAAGGCACUGAAAAACAAGAUGACAUGACCUCCUUCUACAACACUCCGCCACUGGGAAAACGGGGGACCUGCAGCUAUUUGACAAAAGUCGUGAUGAAUUUAUUGCUAGAAGGAGAAGUGAAGCCCAGCGCGGAUGACCCCUGUUCUAUUAGCUAGAGCUGGUGGAAGCAGGUGGUUGAGAUGGCGUGUCUUCAGCUUCUCGUUGCUUGGCAUAGGAUGCUUAGUUCUUCACCGGUAGAGCCCAUUUCGGACAGUGUUCCGUAUGACAAACCUCAGAUACUUAGGAUAGCAAACCAUAUUGCUGAUCUUGUGGCAGCCAACAUGGACAUCCCAUUAAAACCCUGUUCCCUCCAUAGGUAUCUCACAACAACCUGCACCCCUCUUCGAAGCAUCCCAGUCACAGGUUGGCUGAGCAAAUGCAUGGGAUGCUCCUGGUUCCUGCUGAUCGAGAAUUCUUUAGAGAAAAUUAACUGGGUUGCACUUUGAAACAUUGCUUGAAAACAGUUGCGGUGAUGCGAUUCUUUAUGUAAUGGUGAAUUAAAUGUGCAUUGCCACAUUUAUCAGCUCUGCACCUCUUCAUCUGUAUUGUAAUUCAUUACUGAAACCUUUAUUAUGAAUACUGGAUGAAAUACUGGCAUAAAUUUAGAAAAAUAAAUGAGCCCUGCAUUUUGAA